CUGAUAAAUCGGAAAUAAUAAAGGUGGCAGAUGUUUUCAAUAGAUUUGCCUUUCCAUGGCAUCACAAAUUCAAAACCUGUGGCAACCAUUCUUCAACCCAAUUUUGUUUUUCUUUGAUUUCAUUUUUAGAAUACUUCCCUAAAUUUGUUUCUCUUAUAUUCCUUUUAAUCUUUUCUUCGUAUCUUGUUUCCCUUUUCUUCGCCUUCUUCCCCAACCCGCGCUUUUGAUCCUUUCACUCGCCGAGUUGACACCCUCGAGUGGCGAGUUGGCGAUGCCGACGUCGAUGGGGAGUGAAGGCGAGUAUGAGUCGUCUGAGCAAUCGUCGCCGAAGAAUAAGGUGAAAUUCUUGUGCAGCCAUGGCGGAAAAAUCUUGCCCAGGCCUACCGAUGGCAAACUCAAAUACGUCGGAGGCGAGACUCGCGUCGUCGCCGUCUGUCGCGACAUCUCUUUCUCCGAAUUAAUGAAGAAGCUUAGCACACUUUUUGAUGGGGAAAUGGUUCUCAAGUACCAGAUUGUUCCUGAAGAUCUUGAUGCCUUGGUGUCUGUGAGAUCCGAUGAGGAUCUAAAACACAUGAUGGAUGAGUAUGAUCGCCAUGAAAGUGAAGGAACACUGAAGCUCCGAGCCUUCUUGUUCCCUCCCAAACCAGUAAUCCUGGAGAAUCAAGUAGGCCCUAUGGACCCUCAGUUAAUAGAGCAACGGUACAUUGAUGCCAUCAACGGUGUUGUUCGUGCAGCUGUGCACUCCAGGCUUCGACCCAUCAAUGCUAUAUACCCAUCCUUGAGCAUAUCCUCCACUGGUUCCUCCCCAAAGUCAAACUCCCCAGAUGCAGGAAAUGUAGAUUUAGCCCCAAUUGAACCGGCCGUCAUCAGUGGCACCUACCAUGGCAGCCGUCUUUCCAUGCAUAGAGUCCAUAGCUCCCCAACCCUUUGCAGCCUCAAUGUGCUCCCUCCUCACACCAGCAGCAUCGUGACUAGUCCCCAUAUUCAUAACCAGCAGCAUAAUAAUCACAAUUACUAUCAAAACCAGCACCCCAAUUAUAACUACCAUCCUCCUCCUUACCCUUCUCCUCCUAGGGUACCUCAAGAUUUCCUCAAAAGUGUUGUCACCGAGAGGCUAUCCACAUCUGGACGUGGUGAACUUGUGAGGGUCCCUACAACUAUUGGCGUGAACCAGUACUACUCCCUAAGCAGAAACAAUUCAGGAAGUGGAAGCAGCAGCAGAUGUGGUUGUUGUGAUGAUUCUGCUGCUUAUAACGGUUGUGGGUGGAUUGACAGAGCAGAUAGUGUUCCUCAGAGUCCUAGGAAGACCAUGUGGUGAGGAAGAGAACGAACACAAGAAGAGCUAAACAUGGCUUAUUAUUAAGUGCUUUAUUUCUUUCUUUUGCUACGUCCUGUCAUAUUUGUGUAUAUAUUUUUUUUGGGUUUUUGUAUAUGGUUGUGUUUUAGAUGCCAGUUGUGCAAGUUGUGGGGUUUUUACAUGCUAGACGUUAUAGAAGAAGGCUUCUUUUUCUUUUGGCUCAAGGAAAUUAUAGAAGUUGAUUUUCAAAGAGGAAAUUAAGAACGACAUGGGUUAGUGUCGUGUUGUUUCAUUCGGACUUACACAGUUCUGCUCCCAGACUUUUUAA